ACUUUUCCAUACACAGAUAUUCGCUCUCGAUAUACCAAUCUUCGCCAUGCCUAAACGCAAGCUCAAUGAGAAGGAUGUUCCUGAGGCCACCGAGCCAUCAUCUCCCCCACCCGAGGUCUCAUUCUCUUCGUUCGGAUUAGAACCACGCCUAUUGCGAGGCAUUCGCGACCAGAAAUGGGGAUCACCAACCACAGUUCAAGCACAGGUCAUACCAGUCGGCAUCGAGGGCCGCGACGUUCUCCUACGAUCCGGGACCGGCACAGGCAAGACCGCUGCAUACUUGCUCCCCAUUCUCCACAAGACGAUCCAGCGCAAGGAGCGCGCAGUUACGUCGCUCAUCCUCGUACCUACGACAGAACUUGCGACGCAAGUCAUGAAGCUUUCGCAGUCCAUAUCGGCCCAUUGCGGUCAGGAAAUCCGGAUAGCAAACAUCACAGGGAAGGGUUCAGAUGUGGUACAACGCGCGAAGCUUGCAGACCAGCCGGACAUCGUAAUUGCUACGCCCGCCAGAGCUGCCGAGAACCUCAACAAUGGCGCACUAAGUCUGCAAAACCUGGAGCACCUGGUUAUCGACGAGGCGGAUCUCGUUAUGGGCUAUGGUUUUGAAAACGACCUCAGGCACCUCAAGAACAGCAUACCGACCUCGACCCAGAUCUUUCUCGCAAGUGCUACAUUGGACACCGAUAUCGACACUCUUACGGGCCUCUUCUGCCAGGAUCCCGUCAUCGUGAAGCUCGACGAUCUAGAGAAAGAGUCGAAUUUGGUGAAGCAAUAUGUGCUGAAGUGUACGGAGCAGGACAAAUUCCUGCUUCUUUACGCGUUCUACAUGUUGAAGUUGAUCAAGGGAAAGAGCAUCAUUUUCUGUGGCGACGUCGAUCGAUCAUACAGGCUGAAGCUGUUCCUCGAACAAUUCGGCAUCAAAAGCUGCGUCCUAAAUGCCGAGUUACCCGUCGCAUCGCGGAUCCACAUCGUCGAGGAAUUCAACAAGAACGUCUACGAGAUCCUGAUUGCAUCGGAUGAGUCCGAGAUUGCGGGCAAGAACGAUGGCGACUCCAAGCCACCCAAGAAGAAGUCGAAGACGGACAAGGACUCCGGCGUGAGUCGUGGCAUCGACUUCAGAAAUGUCGCAUGCGUCUUCAACUUCGACUUCCCCACAACCUACAAGAGCUACUUCCACCGCAUCGGACGGACGGCGCGGGCCGGAAAGAGUGGAACCGCCAUCUCCCUCAUCAUUCCCAAGGACGAGUUCCGCAAGCACAAGUCGACCUCGUUCCCGACCGCAGAGCAUGACGAAGAGGUGCUGAAGCAGGUCGAGAAGCACCAGAAGGAGGGCCAGACAAUUGAGAACUAUUCGUUCGAUAUGACGCGCCUGGAGAGCUUCCGGUACCGAUUCGCCGACGCACUCAGGCACGUCACCAAGAUCGCCGUCCGCGAAGCCCGCCUCAAGGAGCUGAGGAGCGAACUUCUCAAGAGUGAGAAGCUCUCACGAUACUUCGAAGAGAACCCCGAGGCCAAACAGCACAUCCGCCACGGCGAGAACCUCAAUCACCCGGCCAGAAUCCAACCCCACCUCAAGCACGUGCCCGAUUAUCUCCUCCCCGGCGGCAAGCAGCCCGGCGAGAUCCCCUUCGUGGGACUUGAGAAGCCGAAGUUCAAUCGAAGCAGGAUCGUCAAGAGGAAGGGCCGCCCCGUGCGGAUGAAAAAUGGCAAGAUCGAUCCGCUGAAGACGUUCAACAAGAAGGGCAAGGGAAAAAAAUAAAGAGUGACAUUUGAUUAAGCAUUGGACGAUUUAAAAAAGGGGGAGGAUAAAGGAAAAGGAGGGCAAAAAGCAUGAUAUCAUACAUAUUCUAUAGUUAUACCCUAGAAUACGGUGGCAAUAACGGCGCUAUACGUCAAGUAAAGACAAGGAGGGGAUCUAGGAG